AUGCUGUCAGUGCCAGCACACGAAAGCUCUACUUCUUUCAACUACACAUGUCUACCGGGACAGGCUUGUUGGCCGACCAUGAACGAUUGGAACGCUUUCAAUCAGAGCAUCAAUGGCAACCUCCGAUUGACGGUACCUUGGGCCGCCCCGUGCUACUCAGAUCCGUCGAGCACGCAAUGUCAAGAGAUCGCGAGGAACUACGGCGAUGGCGUCUCACGCACGAAUCACUACGGGUCGACGGAGUUUCUUGACUGGGAGAAGUGUGACACGUCGCAAUGUGCACUUAACUCGUUCAAUACCUCGGAACCUGUUUCCGGUACCUGCUCGCUUGGUAGACUCUCCUCAUACCAUGUUAAAGCUGGGACUGGGCAUGAUAUCAGCAAGACCUUGAGCUUUGUGCGCAAGCAUGGAAUUCGUGUUUCGAUCAAGAAUACUGGACAUGACUACUACGGACGAUCAACCGCGCCAAAUUCUUUGGCGAUCUGGACUCACAACAUGAAGGACACCCAGUAUCACGAAACUUUCCAGCCCAAAGGCUGCCAGACUCGCUAUGACAACAUUGGAGAGAUCGGUGCCGGUGUCCAGGCCCAGGAGGCGUGGGAGGCCUUUGAACCUCAUGGCAUGCACGUCACUGUUGGAGCCGUCGCCUCUGUCGGCAUCGCUGGUGGAUAUGGUCAGGGAGGCGGGCAUGGUCCACUUGGUCCGAAAUAUGGUUUGAUGGUUGACCAAGCUGUCGAGUUCGACGUUGUCACCGCCGACGGAGAACAGCGUACCAUUAAUGAAUGCAGCGACCCGGAUCUUUUCUGGGCAAUGCGCGGAGGCGGAGGCGGAACCUACGCUAUGCUCACAUCUUACAAGUUCCAGCUCCACCCGGCCGAUCCUAUCAACGUAUACAGCUUCCAAGCUCACUUUCCCGCGCCGAAGAACAUUACAGAGUCGAAAGUACAUCGCGACAUCAUCACCGGGCUUGCCGCAAACCAAACGCUAUUUACCAAGCAUGGAAUCGCUGGAUACAAUUUUGUGCUCUCAGAUCGUGUCGUGUUCUUGCAGGUCCUGCCCUCUAAUGACACGGAGGCGAUCAAAGACAUCACGUCCCAAUGGCACGACUUCUUGACGAACUACUCCGGUCUCAGCAUCACCGAGAAUGAGUAUCACUCCUUCAAGAAGUUCUCGCAGUGGCAUGAGUUCACGGAAAGACCCGAGAUAUCUCGCAAUGGACCCGUGGGUCUAGGCUUCAAUGGCGCGGGGCGCUUCAUCCCCAAGAGUCUCUUCAACUCGUCCCACAACAUCGACCGGCUCGUCACUGCAGUCGUCACCGCCAUGCAAUUUUCACGUGUCAACCAUGGCAGUGGAGGCGCUCAGUUCUACGCUACCGGACCAGACAAUACUCCUGACAACGGCAAGACUAGCGUGAAUCCCAUUUGGCGAGACUCGCUAUGGGAAAUUGUCAUGGGCCAAUUUUGGACCACUGCUACACCGCCAGCGGCUCGCUCGCAAAUCCAACAGACUGUCUCUGCUACGAUGGACAUCUUGAAAGCCGUCACACCGAAUGGUGGGUGCUACUCGAACGAAGGUGAUUGGACCGAGGAGAACUGGCAACAAACGUUCUUUGGGGUGCACUACGAGAGAUUGCUGGCCGUGAAGAGACGCUAUGAUCCAACAAAUUUGUUCAACUGUUGGAAAUCUUGCAAACAAGAGCUAACUACCACAGCCCAAUGUACUCUUGCUAUGCGCAAACCCGACAGGAGCCGAGGCCUUCCGUUCCUCUUGGACCUGUUGGAUGAGCGGAUCGCUUUCCCAGCGACCUUUACUCCCACACUCCUUUACCUGCUCCGACCCACAUCACGCGACACUCAACUGCCUCACCAUACUCACUCGAACCCGUGUCUACUUACGCCGUCAGGUCCAGAAUCCGAUUCAAGAUCACUCACGAUGCACUUCAACGUCAUCGUUGCGCUUGCACUGCCGCUACUCGCCGCUGGCGCCCAUAUCGGACGUCGCCAUGAUCACCAUCAUGAGAAGGUUGAUCGCCGCGCCAUACAGACAGACGUUGUUUUCGUCACAGAAACUAUCAUCAAGACCGUCACCAUCGAGUCGGCUGCAAGCUCUGCGGCCUCUAGCUGCACGGUUACUACCACGGCUGCAGCGCCAGAACUGUCCAUGACUGUCAAGCUCCCCGACAAGGGCAUUCCUGACGACGCUUCCACUUCCACGUCUUCAGCUGCUCCUUCGUCUUCUCCAGGUGGUCCAUACGCUACUCUCGAAUCCAUUCCGAACCAGGCCAUUAUCGUCAACUCAUGUGAUUACGACGUCUACGUUUCUUCUAUCGGCAAUGAAGAGACCUGCGACAAUGGACCGGGCAGCGAUUGCGUAACGAUAUCCGCUAACAGUAUGUAUACUGAAGCAAUCCGUACCUGUCACAAGUCUGGUAUCUCCCUAAAGGUCGCAAAGGCUAAGGAUAUGGCCCUCCCAAUGCAAUUCGAAUACACAGUCUGGGAUGACCAGGUCAAGGUAUCUUACGACAUUUCGUAUCUCGAUUGUAUGACCAAGAACGGGACCAACUUUGACAACUGCGCCGGCCACGAGAAAGGCAUUCAAGCCGCUGCCAAGGACGGCCCAGUCUUCCAAUGUGUCGCAAAUGAGCCAUGCGCUCAACAGGCCUACGUCGUUCCCGAAUUCGGAUACUUGCCUGACGCCCCAGUUGGCGGUUCGACCAUCGACAAGGGCGUUGCUUUUGAGAUCUGUGCCGAAAACAGAUCGUGA